AAGAAAGGGAAUGAUGGAAUGUGUGUGAUUGCUGCCCUCUUUUCUAUUUGCAGAAUAUUGUGACCUUCUUCAUCAACAUAGAUGCAGAACUUCAUCAAUUCCUCUUCUCCUUUGUUGGCAGAUCUGUAGAUGCAACCAAAGCUUGGUUUGUUCAAGAGGAUACACUAAAUCUGGUGCACUCUAUGCCUUAAUUGCUUCUUGUUCUAUAUUUUAAUUGACAAUUUGUUUCAUCCAAAGUGAGAACAAGUUAGAGUUUUUAUUAGUAAGCUUGUGUACAUCUGAGAUAAGUUGUGUUCUUCUCUCAACACGAUCAACCUCACCACCAAAAAAUGGAUCUCACCCUCUGUCACAUGAUCAUCAUCUUCAUUGUUCUCAUUCUCAUCACCAAACUGUAUCUCCAUGUCCACUUGUCCAAACCCUUUGCUCUCCCCAUACUCGGCCACCUCCACCUUCUCCGAAGCCCCAUACACCAAUCUCUCGCCCACCUCGCCAGAGCUCAUGGCCAUGUUCUUCGUCUCCGCUUCGGCUCCCGCCCGGUCCUCGUCGUCUCCUCGCCGUCCGCCGCCGAACACUGCUUCACCAAGAAUGACAUCAUCUUCGCUAACCGUCCCCGUAUUCUUCCCGCCAAAUAUUUGGGCUAUAACUUCACCUCCCUUGUGUUCUCCCCCUUCACUGCUCGCUGGCGGGCUCACCGGCGUUUCACCGCGCUUCAUGCCUUCUCUCCUUCUUGCCUCUCUGAUAACUUCUCGUCAGAGCUCCGUUUUCUUCUCCGUGGACUAUACUCCGACCACACACAAGGGUUUCACAAGACUGAGAUAAGGUCUUGGUUCUUUGACUUGACACUGAACUUGAUGAUGGGGAUGAUCACAGGGAAGAGAUUUCAAGGGGAGGAGAAGAGAAAGCUUAGAAAAGUUCUAGAGGAGAUGUUUUUCUUGAGUGGAGCUACAUCAUUGGAGGACUUUGUGCCAUUAGUUAGAUGGUUUGGGUUUAGUACCAUGAGAAAGAGGUUGGAGAGGGUGGGAAAGGAGAUAGAUGAAACUUUACAGGAGUUGGUAUUAGAGGAAAGGAGCAAGCUGAGAAAGGGUGAUCAUGGAGAAGAGAUGAAAACAAUCAUUGGUAACUUGUUAACAAUGCAAGAGAAAGAGCCAGAGCACUACACAGACAUUGAUAUCAAAGGGAUUUUAUCGUCAUUGAUUACUGGAGGAACGGAGACAACGUCAGGGACGAUGGAAUGGGCAAUGGCCUUGCUGGUUAACCAUCCAGAGGUAUUGAAGAAGGUUAGAGAUGAGAUUGAAGAACAUGUGGGACAUGACCGUUUAGUUAUGGACUCUGAUAUCACUAAGCUUAAGUAUCUCAACAAUGUUAUCAAGGAAACUCUUAGGCUUUUCCCACCUGGGCCUUUGCUUGUGCCUCAUGAAUCAUCGGAGGAUUGCAUUGUUGAAGGUGUAUGUGUUCCUAAAGGAACCAUGUUGUUAGUGAAUGCUUAUGCCAUGCAACGUGAUCCAGAGUUAUGGGAGGAUUCAAUGGAGUUUAAGCCAGAGAGGUUUGAUGAAGAUCAUCAGCAGGGUUUCAAGUACAUACCUUUUGGAUACGGAAGAAGAAGGUGUCCUGGAGAGAGCAUGGGUUGGAAGGUGAUGACAUUGACUCUGGGUGGUUUAAUCCAGUGUUUUGAGUGGGAGAGAGAGGGACAAAAGUUGGUGGACUUGACUGAAGGUGCAGGCCUUAGCAUGCCCAUGGCCACACCUCUGGAAAUCAUCUACAGGCCUUGUCCAGAGAUGUUAGAUGUUUUAUCUCAACUCUAAUUAGUAAAUGUUUCAUUUUACUUUGUUUU